AUGCAGCAAGCUUGUCCACAGUGCAUCCUGGAGCGGAGUGUGUGGUUCAAGGGGUCGCCCUGCGCUCCCAAGCCGCGCAGGCGCUCGGCGAGGCCCUCCUUGCGCUGCCAGAGGGUCAGCUACCCGCAGGCAGUUUCCUCCGCGCCUGUCGAGGUUGGCACCGUGCCUGAGAAGGCGGACAAGGGUUUCUGGCGACGAAAAAGGGCCCAGGUCCCGAAAAGCACGGAUGAAGUCCAGCACGAUGCCGAGGCGCGGCAGCUGCAGGCGGAGCCCGUGAAAGCGAGCAAGCUGCCCUCCCAGUUCCCCGGCAGCCAUUUGGUGGCGCGCCUGCGCGGCCAGGCCCCCCUCACCGACCCCGUGGCGGCCGACACGCUGGAGGGUGGGGGCAUGCGCGGCUGCGUCUCCGGCGGCGCGCUCCAGGCGCUCAACGAGCUGGGCCUGGCCCCGCUCUUCGACGUGGUCUACGGCUCCAGCGCCGGCGCCAUCAACGCCACCUACUUCCUCUCCGGCCAGCGCGACGGCGUGACCAUCUACCACGACCACAUCGCGCACGAGGGGUUUGUCUCGCUCAAGCGCCUCUGGCGCGGCCAGGCCGCCGCGCCCGUGCUCAACCUGCCCUACCUCAUCGACCACGUUAUGGAGGGCGUGCUGCCGCUGGACUGGGACGCGGUGCUGGCCUCGCGCCUGCCCCUCAAGGUCGUGGCCUCCAGCCUGGACAGCCUGAAGCCCAUCGUCCUGGACGGCUUCGAUUCCAAGGAGGACCUGAAGACCUGCCUCAAGGCCAGCGCCAACAUCCCGGAGAUCGCGGGCGGGCCCAUCACCCACAGGGGCCACCGACUGGUGGACGCGGCGGUGUUCGAGGCCAUUCCCUUCCGCAGCGCCAUCGCAGACGGCUGCACGCACGCGCUGGUGCUCUGCACGCGCCCCAGACCCCGGCCGCGCACCGGACCCAUGGACGGCGCGCUGGAGGGCGCGCUGGAGGCGGCGGUCAAGCGCGCCGUGCUCUCCCCGGACUACAUGGUCCCCGCCUGGAAGGCCGAGUACGCGGCCAUCCUGGCCGACGGCUGCACCGCCGACGAGCAGCUGGCGGGAGCGCUGGACGGCGACGACGCGGCCGGGGGGCCACCGGCCGGUAGACCCUGGUUCGCGGGCGCGCACGUCUACCCCGUCUACCCGGGCCCCGCCGCCGCCUUCUCCCCGCUCUGCACCGACGCCGACACGCUGCGCGCCGGCGUGGCCGAGGGGCGCGCCGCCGUGCUGCGCACGCUGGCGCCGCUGCUGGGCGACGCGCUGGGCCUGUGCGGCGAGGGGGACGACGCUGCGGCCCUCCUGGCCAACAACAUCGCGGCGGGGGGCGUGCGGGGGCUGGACGCCCUCGCGACCCUGUGA